AAUUGAAAAAAAUUUUUAAUGCCUGGCUCAAUUUUAGCUAGGCAUGUGUAGUUAUGCUAUUGUAUUGUAACAAUUUUCAUUUCCAGUGUUGAAGGAAAUGGUAACAUGGAAUACUGUUACAUAUGUACAAUACUGUACAGUUUUGGCUUUCUUGAUUGACAGACAUGGGGACAGAGUAGCAUGAAAAAUAGACUGUACUUGUAUAUGUUACUUAAGGGUAGAAAUGUAACUGCUCUGUAACAACAUUUGCAUUGACUACAGCUCUUUGGCAGAUUCACUAAGGGAAUUUCCCAAAAUUGCAGGUAUAGUGAAGGUUAAAUUUGAGGGUGUUAAGCUAACUGUGUUCUUACUUCUAAUCUGGAGACAAAUUCAUCAAAAAUUUCUUCUAAAUAAGUAUUUGUUUUAUGAACUGGAAGUGGAAGCUAAGAAAAUGCGUGUUUAUGCAUUGACAUUCUAGCUAAAAUGUGAUAUUUGUAUUAAGUAUCAAAAUCUUAGUGAAGUUAAUAUGAGGUAAUACCCAUUUGAAAGGGCUGUAGGCAAAGGUGCUGUGAAACAUCUUUGGGCUUCCUGACUCCUGGUUUUUGCCUAGAGAGUAAGAACAAAGGCUAGUGCAGCGCAUUGCUCCUCCCUUUUAACCCCCAAGAGGGUAUCUGAGCAGUUUCUUUCCCCAGAAAGCAUAAAGAUGUGGGAAUAAGGGCUGAUACUUGGGCUUAGUGUUGAGGGCUUGAGAUAGAAAAGCAGAAGUGUAUUUAAAAGUACUUGAAGUAAAGCAGAUCUUGUGAGAUGACCAUAAAAUGUAAUAUUAGUUUAAUCCAUACUCUUACUGAAAUUGCUGUGUCCGUUGUAAUGGUAAGUAUUUAACUAAAUUCUAGCUGAUUGUUCUAAUUGGACAUUAACUAAAUUCUAGCUGAUUGUUCUAAUUGGACAGUAAUGUGUGAUAGUCCAAUAAAUGAAAAUGCUACUUUAGUAAACUGCAACAGUGUGCAUAUAGGGAGUAAACAAAGUACACUCCUGUCUUUUUCAAGUGAUCCUGUUUUGUUCAAUACAGUUUCAAAAUUCCUAGUCCCUAAUGCCAAGUCUUGUUGUCAUCAUAGCUACGGUGUGGGUGGAAAAGACAAACCAGAAAUGAGCAGAUCUAACUGUAAGCUAUUUUGCAUGUUGUCAAUUGGCUAUAAAUUGCAGGAGUCAUCGACCCAGCGGAACAAGCUUCGUAGUUCAGGUAAGAGACUUGCAUAUUGCUGUAUGUAGCAACAGGUCUUCCCUGAAUUUCAGUGUUUCUGUAAAGCACUUCUGUCAGCUAGUCAGUAGCAGUGCUUCUGUAGCCUUCUAAUGAGCGGUGUUUAGUAUGAUCACUUAUUACAUUAAGAUAGAAGAAAACUGGAACGUUAACUUUUUUUUUUUUUUAAUAUUCAGGUAUUUUCAGGUAUUAUUCAUCAGUCUUAAAAUCAGCACAUCUUGUUUCCUUGGAUUUUACUUUCAUCUGAAGAUUGGUGAGUCUCUAGUCUAAUUGGAAGAUGAAUUUUGCCCUACGUGCAGACAGUAAGGCAACAGAUAACUUUUAUAUUUAAUGCUAUUGUACAGUACAAGUGUCAUUACUAAGCAAUAAAUGCUGAAAGUAUCUCAUCUUGAGGGGCUGUGUUGAUUUUGUGUUCUUGCUGUAUAGUUGUUUUGCUAUAAACAUUUUUUUGUGAUGUAACAGGCUUUUUCAUUCUGCCAAUGUUUUUAGGUUGCUGCAGUACAAAAUUUUAAGAGUAAUUCAACUUGUUAGGAAAAAGAAAGAUGACUGUCGACUACUUUUGUUUUAUAAUGAGUGUAUAUAUUCAUCUGUGAUCUUUCAGCACGUUUAUUAAUUUAAAAUGAAUCUGUGCAUGCUGUCAGCUUACCUACAGAAAUACCUGUUCAAGAUGCACGUGACUUUCUGUCUUGUCUAACAGCAUGCUAUAAAUGAAUUCUUAACUCACAGGGUUUCUGUAGUGAGAUCCAUUUUCAUUAGAAAACCAGAGGACACUGAAUACAGAUGUGUUUUGAUGGAGUAUGUUGUUAGAAUAGGUUCAUGAGCAAAAAUUCCCAAUUAAACAUGGCAGGUGUGAAAUUAUUAGAAAACAUUAAAAUAUCUCUGUAUCCUUGUGAAGGAUGAAGAGAGUCCAAAUAAUGUUCCAGAACUGCUGUCUGAGCAUUGGAAGCUUUGCAAGGUUUUUGUGAGUAGUGGAAUCUCAGUGUUUCUAGUAACCUAGUUCAUGUUCAUGUGCUUUUCCUGUUAUAGAGAGUGUAAUAGAACCUAAGUGUUUCAGAAAGCCAUAUAUAGGUGAGGAAGAGGAUGGCAAAUAAGAAGCAUUUUUGGAUGGGUUUUGUGUUUGCAAGUACUGCUUGCAGUCAGUGAGGAUGGAUCAUAAUAAAUCUCUAAACUUACUCUAAAACUUUUAUGAAGAGUAGAUUUAAUACAUGACACACAAAAUUAAGAUUGAGAUCCCUCCUUCCCUGAUAAGUUUUGUAUCUAGUCAUGAUAAUACAGAGAGUGAGACAUCAACUGAAUGGAGAAGAAAAAUAUUUUGUCUGUGAAAGCUUUUUGGUAUGGGUGGGGAGUCUGCUACAGGAAUUAUCAACAGAACUUUUUAAAGGAGGAUUGGGUGGAGAGAAUACCUUCAGUGUUGGCCUGGUUUGUCUGUUGUCUGUAAAGAUACAAGUUUUGGUGGAUUUGAAGCAAGCCACACUUAUAUGGGGUUCAUAAAGGUAGGUCUUGAUUUCUGAAGCUGAGAGGAAAGGAGACUGUUUGCUGUGUCCUUUAGGAAGUGGCCUUUUUUCCUUAAAUUCUUAAAGUUACUAAGUGAUGGUAAGUCCAGGUGAGUAGUUUCUUCUCUUGUUCAGUAUGAGUUGUUUAAACCGUUGUGUAAUUAUGCAUUUCCAGGUUAAAUGCAGAACCUGAUGGAUGGCAAAAGCUACUGUAACGUCAUGGACAAGUUGGCCAUCUGUGCUGACACUCAGUGCAUACAGCUCGCUAGGCCUUUCUGUGCAGACCCAUUGGUCACAUUUCGUGUGUACCCAGAAACACCAAACCAGGUCGCUGGCUCUGAAGAUUUGUCCUUCUUCCCUUUCAUGUCUGAGCAUCUCAUCACGGAGAACUUCUACAGCGAGCCCUGCGGCUUUUCCUACCAAGUGCCCCAUUCCAGUUACAGCAGAAUCUUGCAGGUAGCUGCUUUUCCACCAGUGGCUCAUCCAGAAGGGUUCCAGCCUAUGGAUCGCAGAUAUUGCAGUGGGAUGCCAGCUCUGGACAAAUUCCCGUGCUUCAGUGCCAUCCCUCCUGUCAGCCACUGCUGUAGGAGCUCUUUUGCAGCACAUCCUACCUGGGUCACCAAGCCCCCUGCCCCCCAGAGGUGCCAGUGGAUUAACCACUGCCUCCCAUCCCCUGGCCCGGCGUGGAGGAUGCUGAGCGUAUCAGGGAGAUCAGGGGGCUUAGAGAAGAAUGUCCCUGUUCUGGUGAGGAGGGAACGUGAUGGAUUUUAUUAUCGUGGUACUGUGAAAGAGGAGAUAGAGAAUGAAAGAGGAGUGUUCCUGGUAGAGUUUGCUGAGCCAUUUCGGUCACAAGGAAGGCCUCCAGUCUGCCUGCAAAAAACAGUGAAGGAUGACAUCCUGGAGUACACAAAUGGUAUGAAGCACUCCUUACUCCCUGGAGACAAAGUGCUGGCGCCUUGGGAAGCAGAUACGGGGAGGUAUGGCCCAGGAACUGUCCUCACGGGCAUUGAGACGAGGGACCCCUUGCGAGCCUCAGAAGAUGAAGAAAUUACGGUCCGGUUCUGGAAUGACAAGAAAGUGAAACUCCCUCUAGGUGUAGCUCUGUGGAUCCCUCCUAGCCUGUGUGGGAGAAUCGUGGAGAUGAUCCACACGCCCUUCACCAGCGGGUUAAGGCCCAGAGCAAGUCCUGACACUAGUUGUUGUGUUUUUUCCUGCAGUCCUAAAACAGCCCUGAUUUCUGUUUGUGCUGUGCAUGGUUUUGCUAAGCACAGCUUGCUCUGCCCACCCUGCUGGCCACUUUUCCCCUAUCAUUGUGGUUGUACAUCAGCCUGUGUCAGGUGCAUCUGCUGCUGCCGUCCCUGUUCUGAUGCCUGGUGGCCUCUUCCACCCAGGUCUCUGGUCUUUCAGAGAAAACCUGAUGAGGUGGAGCCCAGCAGCAAAUCCUUUCCACAUGUUUUAGAACUGGAAGGUGGGAAACAAGGAGAAUCAGCAGCUGUGGCAGCUUCUUGCCCUUCCUGAUUCAGAGCGUGAUCUGGAGUCGUUCCCUGCUAAGAGUGAUGUUGUGAACAGUGUUGUUAACACAGACUCCAGCCAUCAUCAGAAGCCCAGGUUAGACGAAUCUGCAGGACCCAAGUGGAAGUACUGGAAGAGGAGCCAAUGCAAGUCCCAACCCAGCAAUGCAGGUACUUUUUAACACCCUUAAAGGGAAGAAGCAGCAGGAGGGAAAUAACCAGUGUGCUCUGUGCCCCCUUCGUAUGGGCAGUCACUUAGCCUGUGGUUGAUAAUAAGGAUCAUAUGUUUUGCAUAUCAGCCUCUGAUCCAAAAUUCCCUCCUAUGCAACAUUUCUUCUCCCUCCUCUUGCACGCUUGCUCUUCUUUUGGUAACUUGUCUAAUGGAAAACUACCAGAACACUGAAUCUCAUGUGGAAGCACAGAUACCUCUCGUUGAGUUUCUUCCCCAGCAUUUUCCUAUGACUUUUUUGAUGCUAACAUGUUCCUUAACCUGAACAGGUAAUCUGAAAGAAUUCUUUCAUGGUUAGUGAAGUAUGUUUCCCUCUCUUCUUAAAUGAAUGUUCAGAGCUUUAGUUCUGGUUUCACUGUUCAUGAGGCUAAGAUACAAUUUUACUCCCCCCAGAAAUCACCAGCUGCAGCAGCACAGGUACAAAGGGCAAGCUGGAUUCCAGAGCCAUCUCUGUUGUGGACAUGUUCCGUGUUGCCCCAGCUGAUGGGAGUGUCCCUGAAAAUGGACAGUUCUGACCUUCAGUGUAUCACAACUAAGACAAAGGGACAAAGGACCAACAGUCUUCUUUUUAGGCUUGGUUUCUUUCUACAGUGGUCCCCUCCUGCUUUAGAAAAACUUGGAAAAAAAUCAGUUAGGACAUGAAUAACAAACAAUGCAGGCAGAGAAGAGGAAUAAAAAAGCUUUCAGGAAGAAGGGGAAGGUGAAGAAAUGGCAGGAUGAACAGACACACUGCUCUGCACAUGAGCACCAUUGGUACAAAUAAUCAGAAAUAAAAUGUACUCAAAAAAGUUAAAAAAAAAAUACUUAUGUACUUAAUAAAAAUACUUAAGGACUUAAAAAAAUGUACUUAAAUUAAAUGCUACUGUAAUUUAAACAUAAUAAACUGGCAUGAUUAGGAGGAGAU